ACUAGCCUCUGACGGGCCGGGUGCUGGACAGCUGAGCGGGCGGCCUCCUCAGAGGUGGCAGCAGCCGGCCAGCCGGCGUGUCUCUCCAGGCCCUUUCUUCGACGCCACUGAGGUUGUUUCCUCCCGGCCUCCUUUCGAUGCUGCACCGGCAAUCGGGGUGAAAGGUCACGAGCAUGGCGCUGGCCUCCCGUCUGCUCCCGCGCCAGCUCCUCUCCUGGUCGCUGCCGGGCGGGGCCGCUGGGCUGCGGACCCUCGGGGCGGCCCCGGUGACGCCGCUGUGGGCCGGACUCUGCUGCUCGUGCCGCCGCCGCCUCGGCUCGGGAGCGACGCUCUGUGCCCGCCGCCUGGGGCUGUGGCCCGGCCCGGGCAUCCCCGCGGGCCUCGGCCCCGGUCCCGCGGGCCUCCGGCGCGGCUACAGCACCGAGGGCCAGCGGCCGGGGACCAGGAUGAUCGUCCUGGGCUUCUCCAACCCCGUCACCUGGGUGCGCACCCGCGUGCUCGCCUUCCUGAUCUGGGCCUACUUCGACCGCGACUUCAGCAUGGCCGAGUUCGCCGGGGCGGCCAAGCAGGCUUUUGCUUAUGUAUCCAGAUUGCUGUCACAGUGUAAAUUCGAUCUAUUGGAAGAACUUGUGGCCAAAGAGGUGCUACCUAUAUUGAAAGAAAAAGUUACAUCACUACCUGAUGACCACAGAAGUGCUCUUGCUGCUGACUUAGAUGAGAUCGUCUACAUGUCAACAGGGGACAUCUCCAUUUACUAUGACGAGAAAGGAAGGAAGUUUGUUAACAUCCUGAUGUGCUUUUGGUAUCUAACCAGUGCCAACAUCCCCAGCGAGGCUGUCCAUGGAGCCAGUGUGUUCCAGGUUAAGCUGGGGGAUCAGAAUGUGGAAACUAAGCAACUUCUUAGUGCCAGUUAUGAAUUUCAGAGAGAGUUCACGCAAGGAGUAAAGCCCGACUGGACCAUUGCACGGAUUGAACAUUCAAAGUUACUCGAAUAAUCUUUCUUGGAAAAAUCAGCAUGCGGACUUUUAGCGAUUGCUGUGGAAAACUGAGGAAGAAACACUUUGGAUCAUGUGAUCUUCACUUAAUCAAGCCUGUGGGUUACUUUUGUAUUCACUUGAAAUACCCCUUACGGAGUGUUGGAAUGGUACAAUAAAGUAUUUUCCAGAUUGGUACCACCGUCUUUAUAGGAGCACAAAAUAAAACACAAAGAACUGCAACACCACCACA